GCUUCAAGGUUUCAUCUCAUCUCACACAGCAGACAGCACACCCACCAAGUGCAGGCACAGAACUCGAUCUCCAAUCUAGUGAGCAUUUCUUGAACUGUUCUUCUCUGAAAUCUAGCGAGAGAUCGACUGAGAGCAGGAAGGAUGGGCAUCGUGGACGUCGUCUCCGAGUACUGCUCCCUGCCCAGGACUCGCCGCCACAUCAAGAAGCGGAAACAGUUCCAGACGGUGGAGAUGAAGGUGAGGAUCGACUGCGAAGGCUGCGAGAGGAAGGUGAAGAAGGCCCUCGACGACAUGAAAGGCGUGAGCUCGGUGGAGGUGCUGGCGAAGCAGAACAAGGUGACGGUGACGGGGUACGUGGACGCGGCCAAGGUCAUCCGCCGCGUCGCCUACAAGACCGGCAAGAGGGUGGAGCCGUGGCCGUACGUGCCGUACGAGAUGGUGGCGCACCCCUACGCCCCUGGAGCGUACGACAAGCGCGCGCCGGCGGGGUACGUCCGGAACGUCAUCGGCGACCCCUCCGCCGCGCCGCUGGCACGGGCGUCCUCCACCGAGACUAGGUACACCGCCGCGUUCAGCGACGAGAACCCCAACGCAUGCUCCGUCAUGUGAUGAUGAUGGUGAUGAUGUACUAUUCCCGGACUCCGGCCAGCCGGCCGGCGAGACAUUGGUCGGUCGGCAUGCUGGAUCUCUAGCUAGGUUGUGGCUGCUGUUGUUGUCUUCUUGGAGUAGUAGUAGUAUAUUCUUUGUGUUUUAGAUGGAUUGGUGUAAGAUAAGCUGGAUUCGGUGACAAGGAAUCUCUUUCAGUCUUCUAAUUCGCAAUGUUGCCAAUCAGAGGAGCGUUGCAUGAUUUGGUUGGGAAAUUUUAUUUUUUGCCACUACUUUCUUUGGUCUUCUACCAUUUGCCCUCAUUUACAUUGGACUAGAUUUUUUGCCCCUAUUUUCUUUGCACCUUAAUCAUUUGCCCCUUCUAGAUUGUUUAUUAUAUUUUUCAGAAUUAAGACGGCGUGAAAAGACCAAACACCCUCCAUCCCCAAUCCCUCUCUAAUCUCAGACAUACUGUAAUUUGGUUCGUCGCCUCGGUGCUGCUGGCACUCUGCGCUGAGGUCGCCACCUCUGGAAGUAAGAGUGGGUGAGGUCGGCCUCGUCGCACCGCCGAGGCGGAGGAGGCUGCCACUGGCCCAUGUCUUCUUCGCGCUCACCGGCCUCGUGGGCUUGCUCAUGGCGCCGCGCUUGUCCUUGCAGCCACGGAACCUCGCCAUGCUCCCGCGCCGGCUCGCGCUGCUGAUUGACUCCUGCAUCGCCUCUGUCAGCCGCACUUGGCCGCCGCUUUGGGCCUAGUGCCGUCGCCUCCGCGCUGGGAAGGAUGGAGAUCGGAAGCUAGGAGAAUAGGAUCUCGCCGGACAUGGAGAAGAACGCCAGAUUUUCGAAGGGAGGCGUCGAUCUGAAGCUGGCAAGGGACGUGCAAGUCGCCGGGGGCUGGCCAUCAACGACGACGAGCCCUGCCGCUUCGGCGCUGCAUCGGCGAGAACGGCGUAUACAGAACUCGGUCAACUCGCUGCUUCCUUGUAAGUUGGAACCAGGCCGAGCGGGGCAUUUUUGUCUUUGGGUGUGGGUCCAGUUUGAGCGAGGGCAAAUCAUAAAGGUUCAAAGAAAGCUGGGGCAAAAAAACUAGUCUAAUGUAAAUGAGGGCAAAUUGUAGAAGACCAAAGAAAAUAGUGGCAAAAAGUAAAAUUCCCCGAUUUGGUUGGCGAGUGACAGAGACAUGUAUUCUACUUGUUAGGAGCCUGCUUGAUGUAUGUAUGGAUUUCAAACUUGGAAUCGCACAGUAACGUUCUUUA